UAAUACUUGCUCUGCAUUGCGUGGAAAAAAGAUUUACUUCAGACAUUACUUAAAAUAUAGUAUUAAUCAUACCUUGCAUGCAAGCAUGUUGUGAAACCAAAACAGGGAGAUUUAGGGUAAUAAUACUGCUGUGUCUGGCAUCUGACGUGUCCGUUGGGUCCUUCAUGCUUCCUGGUUUAUGGUGGAGAAGUGAUUCACUGUAAACCGUGAAAGAUGUCGAAAGUCACGUUUAAAAUAACCCUGACUUCGGAUCCGAGGCUACCUUACAAAGUGUUAAGUGUCCCUGAGGUCACCCCUUUCACGGCAGUGCUGAAAUUUGCAGCAGAGGAGUUUAAAGUGCCAGCAGCCACCAGUGCCAUCAUUACCAAUGGAAACGUCUUCUUGAAGCAUGGCUCAGAACUCCGAAUCAUUCCCCGAGACAGAGUGGGAGACAAUUCUUGUCCAAACAGGAAAUGACUUCAUCGGGACAAAGAACGUCACUUGUGUAUUUAUUUCCUCCCUGUUGCUAAAUGAAAACCCCCCACUGAACGUCCGCUUCUGCCGUCACGGCACACCGAAGGAUAGGGCUGCACUACGGGACCCUUUCAGUUCUGCAAUAUCACUCAACUCAACGUGACACCGUGGAAACGCAUCUGCGUACAUGUCUAUGAGAAAAUAUUAAUAAAUUACGCAGCACAUUUUCUUUCAAUGAAAAAAUAAAAUUAAAUAUUUGCAGAGCUUUAUGAACACAGCAUGACGGAUAUAGUGUGGCCAGUGAUGUACAAAAAGGAAUUGGACAGUAUUUACAUAAAAGUAAUUUUCCCUUUCUUUGUUUUUUUGUUUUUGUUUGUUUUUUUUAACUAGUUUUUUUUGUUGCCAGCUACCCCCCUCAGUUCCCAAGGCAACCCAGGUGCAAACGAACAGUAUCAUUUAGAUCGUUAAAGUUUGCACGUCUUUCCAUCAAAAAUAUCGGUUUCUCACCAUUACCCUCACCGUUUCUAAAGUACAGGCAUAUCAAGGCAAAGGUUGACGUACCCUUUUCUAGGCACUGAUAUUCAGUAUGGUCAAUAACCUGGACACACAACUGCUUUCAUUCCAUGGCCAUUUCAUGUUUGAUUUCCUUCAUUUGCCUAGCAUAUGAAUAGCGCAAGGAUAUUGUUUUAUAUGUAGAAGUUAAACAUGUAUUGUCCAUUAUGCAUAAAUAAUAUUGUCUUAAACUGCAGUGACCUGCUCCUUCUUCUCUAUGUAUUCAGUGGUGGUGUAGAGAAACAGUUAACAUGCAAAAUGUCACCAAGCCUGAGGGGGGCUCCAGUUAUUUCAAAUAUUUGCUAGGCACAUACACUACUUUAAAAACUAAUCCUUAAGGCAAAGUCUUAUACAAAUGUGUUAUGACUAAUUCAUAAUGGAUAGAGCAUAUGUCAGUGCUUCUCAAGAUGUCCGUAUCCUUUUGUCCGUGUGUGUUUGAAAACAGUCAUUAACAUUUCAAUAAUACAGAUGCACUAAAGCCA